AUGAACGCCGUAGUUGUCGAGAAGCAUGGAGGUCCCGAAGUUCUUCAGUACAAGCAAGUCCCCAUUCCCAAGGCUGACCAAAAGAAUUUAGUCAUUAGAAACCACAUUAUCGGUGUUAACUAUAUUGAUACCUAUCAUCGCUCUGGUCUCUACCCUUUGCCCACACCUUUGGUGGUUGGUAAAGAAAGUGCUGGUGAAGUUGUUGAAGUCGGACCAGGUGUUACUAACUUUAAGGUUGGCGACAGAGUGGUUUACUUGGGAGGAGACACCUAUGCCGAAUACAGCAAGGCUGAGCCAAUUUCAGUUGUCAAAUUAUCUGACAAUGUGUCUUAUGAGACUGCUGCUGCUUCAGUACUCCAGGGCCUAACAGCAUGGACCAUGGUGCGUGAUGGUUAUCCCGUCAAGAAAGGAGACUAUAUUCUUGUGCACGCGGCUGCAGGAGGUGUCGGUCUUCUUCUUUGCCAGAUGUGCAAGCACCUGGGAGCCCAUGUUAUCGGUACAGUAAGCUCCAACGAGAAAGCUAAGAUUGCCCUUGAAAAUGGCGCAGAGUUUGUCAUCAAUACCAACGAAGAAAAUACCGUUGAGCGUGUCAAUGAGAUUACUGGCGGUUUGGGUUGUCAUGCUGUCCUUGACGGUGUUGGAAAGGCCACCUUUUCGGACUCACUCGAGGCUGUCCGUCGUCUGGGUACAGUUAUUUCAUUUGGAAAUGCUUCUGGAACAGUUCCUCCCAUCAACAUCGCUAUUUUGUCCAAGAAGAACGUUAAGCUGAUGCGCCCAGCCUUGUACAACUACUUGGGUUCGAGAGAGGAGGUGAACAAGUGGUUUGGUGAAUUGUGGGAACUCUUGGAAGCUGGACACAUCAAGAUACACAUCCACAAGAUCUACGAUCUUAAAGAUGCUAAACAGGCUCAUCUGGAUAUCGAGAGCAGAAAGACAACCGGAAAGCUUUUGCUUAAAGCCUGA